AUGAUGCAGAAUCGUAAAAAACUGCCGGCUCCGUUGUACGACUACUGGAAAAUUGUUCAAAAUGCUCAGGCGACAGAUGCUAGUAAACCUCGACGUCAGGGUGAUUAUCUAUUGUUGGAUGGCGUUCGAGGUGGAGCUACACUUGACUUUCGCAAGUUGGCUGCAAAAUUGGUGACCGUGUAUGAAGUAUUCGGUGGUGUUCGUGACAGUGCGCCAUACGACUUUGAAGUGAUAGAUGAUCCUGCUGAGAAAAUCUGCGAAGAGCAGCGCGAAGCCAGUUUAGUCCAAAGAAAGGAGUUUCUCGAAUACAAACGGGAUGUUCUCCGAGCUCAGGAGAACGAGCUGAGUCGAAAUUGA